AUGGCUUCUAAAAAAAGGAAGUUAGCAGAAGAAAAUAGGGUAUUUAACGAUGCAUGGACAGAUUUAUACUUUUUUAUUAAUUGCAAUGGCAAACCGCUAUGCUUAAUAUGCCAAAAAACCCUUACUAUACAAAAAGAAUAUAAUGUCAAACGCCACUAUGAUAGCGAGCAUAAAGCUAAAUUUGCAUGCGUAGUGGGUGAAUCACGAAAAAAUAAAAUUAACGCACUGAAAUCUUCAGUUAAGAAUCAACAAAAUCUUUUUAAGGUUCAAGUACAAAGUAACGAGUCGAAUAUACGUGCAAGUUUAAGGGUAGCGGAAAUUCUUACGAAGUCUGGCCGACCAUUUACCGACAGCGAACUUAUAAAACAAUGUGCUUUAGUCAUGGCUGAGGAGGUGUGGCCCGACCUAAAAAAAAAAUUUGAAAAUAUAAGUCUUUCUGCAAGAACGUGUACCCGGCGAACUGAAGAUUUGGGCGAUAAUUUAUGUCAGCAACUCCGGGAAAAAGCACAACAAUUUGAAUGGUUCUCUUUAGCUACCGAUGAAAGUAAUGAUGUUACUGAUACUGCCCAGCUUUUAAUAUUUGUUCGCGGAAUCGAUAAGAACUUUAAUGUCUAUGAGGAGCUUUUACAUUUAUGUAGUUUGAAGGGCACGACUACCGGAGAAGAUUUGUUUUGUAACUUAGAACAAGCGCUAGUAUCAAUGCAAUUACCAUGGGAAAAAUUGGUAAGUGUUACAACUGACGGAGGCAGGAACAUGAGUGGACAAAAUAAGGGUUUGGUAGGUAGAAUCAAAUCGAAACUGGCAGAGAUAGGAUGUGCCAUCCCAUUAUUUUUCCAUUGCAUCAUCCACCAAGAAACGUUAUGUUCCAAGGUCGUAUCAUGGAAAGAAGUAAUGGACAUCGUGGUAUCGACUGUAAACUACAUCAGAAAAAAUGGAUUGACUCAUCGUCAAUUUCAACAGUUUCUGUCAGAUACGGAAGCAAAUCAUCGAGAUGUUGUUUAUUAUUCUGAAGUGCGAUGGUUAAGUAGAGGCGCAGUGCUAAAAAGAUUUUUUGAUCUCAGAAAAGAAAUCAAUACUUUUAUGAAUGAAAAAGGCAAAUCUAUUCCAGAGCUGACAGACACUCAAUGGUUAAUAGACCUUGGAUUUUUGACAGAUGUAACUCAUGAAUUAAAUACGCUAAAUGUGAGGCUUCAAGAACAUAUUGACGAAAAAAAGUUGGAUCAUUUUCCGAAUUGUAAAGAGGCUGUUGAGGAAGCUGGAAUUAAUUUUCAUUGGAAAAUUGAUAAAAUGAAGGAUAUUUUAAUACAACUGCAAUCUCAAUUCAGCGACAGAUUUGGUGAUUUUGAAAAAGUUUCAAGUAAACUGAAGGUGUUUGCAAACCCUUUUUCAUGUGAUAUUGAGGAAGUACCGAGUAAUUUACAAAUGAACAUGAUUGAUCUCCAGUCUAAUGAUGUUCUUAAAAGCACUUUCUAUGAACUCAAAGAUCUUGUUAAGUUUUAUGGUAGCUUGCCUUCUGAUUUUGACGAAUUGAAAAAGUUUGCUCAGCAGUUCAUUACAAUUUUUGGUAGCACUUAUUUAUGCGAACAAACUUUUUCAAUUGUCAAUUACAGAAAAAAUAAAUGUGCAUCUCGUCUCACAGAUGAGCAUUUGAGAGCCAUUCUACGAAUUGCAACUACAAAUAUGACAGCUAACAUACAAGAAAUAGCCUCCCAAAUACAACCUCAGACAUCACACUGA